ACUACAUAUAUUCUUACAUCAUGUAUAUAAAACCUUAAUGGAGGUGUUUGCAUGUUUUGAAGGUCUUUACAGGCAGAAUUGAUCGGCUCUCCCAGUCUCCGUUGUGAGUUAACCUUUAAUUGAAUGUAUUUAAUGUUUAGAAUGCUGUUUAAAAAAUCCUUCCAUCAUGUCUUUCAUAACGAUUGUGAAGGAUAGGCAUGAUUUUUAAGAAAAUCAAUGUUUUGUCGACCGGGAAGCCAUGAAAGUAUCAAAGUGCAUUUCAUUUGAUGUCCGAGGGUCUCUUGGAAACAUGUGUGGCCCCUCCUGUCUCUGCUCUUAUCUGCAGGCUGCAUGUGGCUGACAAAAGGCUGCCAUGUUGACUUAAGGUGUUGCAGCAUCUCGGGAAUUCAACCGGACGUUGACACUGGAGCUGCUCUUCACCCGCACUCCUGGGAAACACGGGAAGUGACGUCAGGCGCGAGCUCCUUCCCUCACCUGAACGACCAUGACGUCACGUAGGUGAGACGGUGUUCAAAGGUCAAGGCUCACGUGCCAGCGGACGAUGGGAGGGAGGAGGGAGGCCGCUCCACUUCCACAGCGCGGCGGGGACACCCUAUCACUGUCUCAGUCAGCGCCCUGCCAGCCCUGCCAAGACAAACUCCCCCCGGCCUAUUUAUGCCCCAGCCUCGCCUCGUCAUCGCAGCCUGCAAGUGCACUCUGGCCGGGAGAGGAGAGGAGAGUGUCGGCGGCGCACCUUUGGACAUUUUUACGCGCGGGGAAUGGCGACUCCGGGCGUGACGGCCGCACUUCUUCCCCCGUUGUGAAGUCGCACGGGGUCGGCAUGCUGCUCCCGACGCUGCUGACGUGCCUGGCCGGCUGCGCCUUGGUCCUGACGCCGGGCUGCGGGGGCUGCGGGCCCGGGCGAGGUUACGGCAAAAGGCGCUCGCCCCGGAAGUUGGCGCCGCUGGCCUACAAGCAGUUCAGCCCCAACGUGGCCGAGAAGACGCUGGGCGCCAGCGGGAGGUACGAGGGCAAGAUAAGCCGCAACUCCGAGCGCUUCAAGGACCUCACCCCCAACUACAACCCGGACAUCAUCUUCAAGGAUGAGGAGAACACAGGUGCGGACCGCAUGAUGACGCAGCGCUGCAAGGACAAGCUGAACUCUCUGGCCAUCUCCGUCAUGAACCUGUGGCCCGGGGUCCGUCUGCGGGUCACUGAGGGCUGGGACGAGGACGGCCAUCACUCCGAGGAGUCGCUUCACUACGAGGGUCGAGCGGUGGAUAUCACCACCUCGGAUCGGGACAGGAACAAGUACGCCAUGCUGGCCCGACUGGCCGUGGAAGCGGGUUUCGACUGGGUCUACUACGAGUCCAAGGCUCACAUUCACUGCAGCGUCAAGUCAGACCACUCUGUGGCGGCCAGAUCUGGAGGUUGUUUCCCCGGCGACGCCUUGGUCACCGUGGAAAACGGCUCGCAAAAGUUGAUGCGCGACCUCCGAGCCGGCGAGCGAGUCCUGGCCUUGUUUGCCAGCGCCACUGCUGCUGAACUGGUGUACAGCCAGGUCCUCACCUUCCUGGACCGGGACCCCACCGCCCGCAAGCUUUACUACACGGUCCAGACGGAGGACGGGGCCCGCCUCUCGCUCACGGCCGCCCACUUGCUGUUUGUGACACAGACUAACUGCUCGAAGGGGGCGUCGCCCGCCCUGAGCGCGGUGUACGCUCGCGACGCCCGGCCAGGCCGCUGCGUGCUGGUGACUGGCGGUGGAUCAGAAAGGAGGCGUCUGUCUCGUAUCACUGGGGUCACCGUGACGACGAGGCGGGGUGCGUUCGCCCCUCUGACCGCGCAGGGAACAGUGGUGGUGGGCGGGGUGGCGGCGUCCUGUUACGCGGUGGUGGACCAGCAUUCCUUGGCUCACCGGGCCUUCUCGCCGCUCAGGCUGAUGCACAGCUGGACUGGCACCAGCGGUUACCGUGGCGAUGGGGUCCACUGGUAUGCUGCACUUUUACACUGGCUGGGGGGGAUUUUGCUGGACUCGGGACAGCUCCACCCACUUGGUGUGACUCCAGCCCGCAGGUGAAGAGAAUCCUAUUUGGAUCUUGGGAGUUUCAGAACAACUUUGAAAAAAUGACAUUUCUUUGAAAGAGACUAAACGUGGGACUUAGUAACACCAGUAACUUGUCAUUUGUGAGCCUUUUGAAAAAUGUCAACAAAACUCCCAAACAAAAAUGUAACACAACCAAGUAGGUGUUUUCAUACAAAAACAGCGGAGGUGUGGACUUAAGAGGAUUGUCAACAUCACUCAAACGGUAGCCAUGGCUCGCACAUUUACUUGUCAAUCAAUCAAUCAAUCAAAGUUUAUUUAUAUAGCCCUAAAUCACAAAGGACUGUACAAACCAUUACGACUACGACUUGUGACCUUGACCACACCUUUUAAGACACGGGUGUCAAACUUGUUUUAUUUGAGCGCCGCUUUGCUCAUGACAGUCAAUACAUGGAUUAUCCUCAUGAUAUUAUUACACAAUUGUGUAUGCCAGUGAUUCUCAAACUGUAGCACACGUAGCACUAGUGGUACCCUGGCUCCAUCGAGUGGCAGGCAAAAAAAGUGUGACUCUUCAAACUGUGUGUAAGGUUAUGGUGGCCCAACAUUUUAAACAUACUUGUUAAAUAAAACCUCUGCCUUGUUUUUGAUUAACACUUAGGCUUACUGUCUUUUAAUGUUGUUUAUUAUGGUGAUACAAGUGUUUUCUGAGGUGGUACUUGCUGAGAAAAGUUUGAGAACCACUGGCUUAUGCAUUCAAUGAUCAUAUCUUUAUAUUUGUACUAUGUAAAAUAAGGAGGAUUUUUACAGCAUAUAUCAAUAGAACAGUAUCACUUUUAUUUGCAUGGUAAAAUUCUAGGCACCUGAGCACCUUUUACUGGGAAAUAUGUGAUUGUUGUUUUUAAGGUACAGUAUAUUACUGUAAAUGAGAAAAAAAAAACGGUAUCACCGUUUUUUAAGGUAAAAUUCUAGGGACUGAGUUUCCGUUUUGACAGUGAAAUCUAAAGUUUGUUGUUUUUAAGCAACAGCAAAUUAUUGUGAUUGGAAAAACGGUACCAUGUUUUUUUAAAGGUAAAAUUCUAGCAACUGAUCUUCCAGUUGUUCAUUACUGUAAAAACGUUGUUUUGUGUGUGUUUUUUUUUUACUUUGAAAUACAGUAAAUGGAAACAUUGAUUCGUUGUGGUAAAGAAGGAGCUGA